AUGCCUACUCACUUGAGCAAGACCCGCAAGCACCGCGGCCACGUCUCCGCCGGACACGGUCGUGUAGGAAAGCACCGCAAGCAUCCUGGUGGACGCGGUCUCGCCGGAGGACAGCACCACCACCGCACCAACAUGGACAAGUACCACCCGGGAUACUUUGGAAAGGUCGGUAUGCGUUACUUCCACAAGCAAGGCAACCACUUCUGGAAGCCCGUUGUCAACUUGGACAAGCUCUGGUCCCUGAUCCCCGCCGAGAAGCGUGACGAGUACCUGUCCUCCGCCGGCAAGAAAGACACAAUCCCCGUCCUCGACCUGCUCCCGCUCGGCUACAGCAAGGUGCUGGGCAAGGGCCGCCUGCCGGAGGUCCCGCUAGUAGUGCGCGCGAGAUGGUUCAGCAAGGAGGCCGAGCGCAAGAUUACUGAGGCUGGUGGCGUUGUCGAGUUGGUCGCAUAA